AAAUCCUUCAACCUGAUGAGCAUGAGAAACAACAAAUUUAUCAGUACGACCGUCAUUUACAAAAAGUGUAUCUACAUAAUCAUCCCGCCUUUAUCAUUUCAACAAUAUAAGCAGUUUUUUUUUUUUUUUUUUUUUUAAUGUUCCCUUAUCUUUCUUCCCCUCUCCGCUUUGAUGUCGAAAACGAAAACCGGAGUUAUUUUUAGAACCCCGGGAACCUCGUCCGAUAGGUGUUUCGGUCGCGACGGUGUCAAGCAACAUGAGAGAAAUUGUAAUUUUUUUUAAAUUCAAGCCUUCAUGAGAAAAGGCAUGAAGGUUGCAGAGCGAUGGACGACAUGGACCAAAAAUGUAAAAGUUAUCGCGUUCCUCCAAGUUUUGGACUUGUGGAAGACAGCCCACCCCCGGGAUAAAAGGGGGAAUUUCUGGGAAGCAAGGCCGGUGGGGCGGCGCAUCCCCUCUCGGCCGAGUUUGCCUCCUCCAGCAUCUCUGCUAGCAACCAGUCAGUGGUCGGUGUCGACGCGAGCUGCCAGCAGACCGGCGACGAGGAUCCCCGAGGAAAGGAGGUUACGUAAUUUUUUUCCCCCUACCACCCAGGGGGGAGAGGGUGGGAUAAUUUCGACCGAAAGAUUUUUUCCCAUUCAGAGCGCGAUUCGGCUAAAAAACAAAUAAAAAAAUAAACAAAAAUCUAUAAAAAGAUGAGUUUGACCCAGGGGGCGGAGGCUGCGGACGGGGAGUCGUGCAGGACGAGCUUCGGCAACUUUUCCGCAGACGAGUACUGUCCGGCCGUUUGGGACAAGGUCCUCUGCUGGCCGCCGACCCGCAGAGGGUCCGUCAGCUCCCUCAGCUGCCCGUAUCACCUCGGACUCGAUACGACAAGAUACGUGACGAAGAAAUGCCUGGAGACGGGCCGAUGGGAGGGAAAAGGUCUGGCCGGCUGGACCAACUACACGCCUUGCUACAGCACUGAAAUGCUCCACCUCUACCGCAAGCUUUUCUCCGGUUCUUCGCCCAAAGACGCAGCCGAGAUGAAGAUAGAAAUAGCCGAGAGGACGAGGAGCCUCGAGUUCGUCGGGUUCAGCGUCUCCCUCGCCGCCCUGAUCGUGUCACUCGUCAUAUUUUCUUAUUUCAGGGUCUUGAAGAACAACAGGACCAAAAUACACAAGAAUUUAUUCGUAGCCAUGAUAACUCAGGUCGUGAUACGCCUCACCCUCUAUAUAGACCAGGCGGUCAUAAGGUCGAAGAAUUCACGUUCGCACGGGAUCGACAACACGCCGAUUCUGUGUGAAGCAGCCUACGUCCUGCUUGAAUACGCCAGAACAGCCAUGUUCAUGUGGAUGUUCAUCGAAGGCCUCUACCUCCACAACGUAGUCACUGUGAGGGUGUUCCAGGAGAAGUUCCACUACAGGCUAUACACGGGGAUCGGUUGGGGUGUCCCGGUCGCGAUGACAGCAACCUGGGCCGCCAUAUCCGCGUCCCAGAUGAAGACAAAGUGCUGGUGGGGGUAUAACUUUACGAUAUACUUCUGGAUACUCGAAGGCCCAAGGGUGGCCGUCAUACUCCUCAACUUCCUCUUCCUCCUCAACAUCAUAAGGGUCCUGGUUGUAAAGCUAAGGCAAAGCCGGACGAGCGAAGUAGAACAGGCGAGGAAAGCAGUGAGGGCUGCGGUCGUUCUCCUGCCACUCCUCGGCAUCACCAACUUGGUAAACAUGAUGGAAGCCCCUUUGGACCGACAGGUGUGGGAGUUCGCCGCCUGGUCCUACACGACCCACUUCCUAACCAGCUUCCAGGGCCUCUUCGUCGCCGUCCUAUACUGCUUUCUCAACGGCGAGGUCCGCGCCGCCGUCAAGAAGAGUGUCUACAUCUAUUUCUUGCUCCGACCGGGACAGUUCACCCCGAGAAGGAACUCGGCCUUCGUGAGCGCCGCGUGCCCGCAGCCCCCGGAGCUACCACCCGAGACGAGAGUCUGACACGAGGAGGAGCCCUCAGGGAUCAAGAACACUGAAUUGUGAGAAAAAAAAUUUCAAAGGACCAGACAGCUUUAAAUAAGAUAUAUUUUAUGAAGAGAUAUUUUUUAAAGAGAGCGAAAGAUUUAACACAGAAAGAAACCCUCAAAAGGCAAAAUUUAUUGUAAAAGGUUAUUAAUCUUAAUUUAUUUAAAGGUAUAGCACUUACAUAUCUAGUACGUGUGAAGGAUUCGCAUGUUAAACAGGGUGAUACUGCCCUUAAAAGAUGUCCUAGAAGGUGUCGACCAAGGUGAACGAGAUAUUUUUUUGCAAAGGCUGUGUAAAUACAUGCCAAGAGGUUAUGCAAAGGUUGUACUAAAAACGCAAGAACGACAUGGUGUUUAGAGGUUAAGCACAAACAGGUUUCUUGUAAAUAAACUGUGUAAAUAAAACAACAUUAUAAGAUGUUCGGAAAUUACGCACAGGUUGUAUGUAAAUAAAUUGUCCGAAUGAAAAAUUUAUUAGAAAAAAAUCGUGUAUUAAAAAUAUACGGAAAGGAGUCUAAACGGCAAGUUAUACAAAUCAAUUAUGAUAUCUAAGUUAUCUUCAAACACAUACAAGAUAAUUAUGUAACACGUUAUGUAAUUUUGUAUUGAGGUUAUGUAUAACGAUGUUAUAUAUAACAUCAUACCUCUAGGUUGAAAAUCAAAACAAAAACAAGUUGGGCGGCAUACAAUGAGAUUGUGACUGAUCGUACCUGUCAAAUUUAUAAACUAGAAGGUUACGUGUAACCAGGUUUUAUAUAAGAUUAUCCCUGUCCAGGUUAUAAACUGGAAGGUUACGUAUAACCAGACUAUAUCUAAGAUCAUAACUAUCCAGCGGAACAAGAAGAAGGUUAUAACGAUGUUAUAUACUGAUCAUACCCGUCAAUUGUAUAACCUGUAUAAACUAGAAGUUUACGUAGUCAGAUUAUAUAUAACAUCAUACCUGCCCAAGUUAUAAACUAGAAGUUUAAGUAUAACCAGGUUAUAUACAAGAUCAUACCAGUUCAGGUUGAAAAUCAAAACAAAAAACAAUGGGGUUAUAAGGAGGUUAAUACGCAACCAAAAAUACCAGACCAAGCAGAUCAUACCUGUCCAAGUGAAAAACUAAAAGGUAAUGUAUAAGAUCAUAACUGUUCAGAAUAGUGGAAAAAACAAGGUUGUUAUCACCGGAUUAUAUAAACUGAUCAUAUAAUUACUAAGUGUAUAAACUAGGUGGUUAUAUGUAACCAGGUUAAAUAUAAGAUCGUCCCUGUCCACGUUAUAAACUAUAAGGUGACGUACAACCAGAUUAUAUAUAAGAUCACACCUGUCCAUGUUUGCGGAAACAAGGUACUAACCAGGUUAUGUAAACUGAUCAAUACCUGUCCACUUUUUGAAUUAGAAGGUUAUUUACAAUUACAAUUUUUUUGUAGGUUUAAUACACUAAAGGAUUUUUGUCAUAAAUAAUGGGGUUUUUAUGGAAGGUGUUCAAACAAAAAAUAACCCAUUUGUUUAAGCCGUGAGGAGCGGUCAAGAAUGAGGUAGUUUAGAAAAACGCCUUUUUCAUUUUUUAUCGACGUUUCGACCUUUAUUCAGGUCAUAAAGUGUUGUACUAUUCUUGUGUGUUCGUUUUGUGUGCAAGUGUGUAUUAUGCUAAACUACCUCAUUAUUGACCGCUCAUCACGACAUCAACAAAUUAUGAAACAA